AUGCCAAAGCGAACGCACAAACCGCUCGUCUCGCGGGCUUUACGUGGGGCGGGUCUGAUGGAAGAUGAUUCCAUGACGGUCGACGAUGAUGGUCAGAUUGGUGAGAGCAUGACGCGUGCCCAGCGCCGGAAAAUGGCACGAUCAGAUCCGGCGCAUGGCGGUCGACGGGGCGCAGUGAAUCGCAAGGCCGCUAUGAAUGUGAACAGCGGGAUACGACCGGCGAAUGCACGAAAAGGUGCAGUGCUGGGCUCGCAUGCUUUGACCAAAGCGUCAGACGUGUCGCCCAAGACGAACGUUGUCGAGACGCUGCGACGUUUUCUUACGUCGCGCUGGAAUGCAUCCAUGAACCUGCUCAACCUCGAAAACAUGCAGCAAGAUGCUAUUUUAUCUGAAGCAAAUAUAGUGCCGCCUGGUGCGCCUGGUGCUCAUCGUGAUCUUGGCACGGCGCUGUGGAAACUCAGUGCAGACAUGUUCCCCACCCUCUCGACUCUGUCCCUGGCAGGAAAUGCAUGGACAAACCUACAGCCCCUCGCUUUGCUUGGACAAUAUAUCCCGAAACUCGCAAACUUAUCGCUUGAGCGCAAUGACCUACGCUGGGUGCGUGAUCUUGAUGUGCUCGUCACCAAACGACAUGGUUUGCAUGCCCUGCAAGAGCUGGUGUUAUUAGGAAAUCCACUCCAACAAAACGCUGUGGAAGGUGGCAAUGAAGAUGGAUACCGCCGCGAUGUGCUGGUCAAGUUUCCGGACCUACGUAUUCUUGACAUGAAGCCGGUCAUGGACGUCGAGCGCGGCUUUUCGCAAUUGUUUCAGGGCCGCGGUCACAAAAAGGCUGGGCCUGAAGCGUCACAGGUGCCGCUCCGGCACUUUUGUGUGCAGACGCGACCUGGCUUUGUGGAUGGCGAUGCCAAGCAGGUCGUGCCUGAGUUUCUCUCCCUGUAUUUUUCAGCCUAUGACCAGGAUCGCACGCGUCUCGGACCUGUGUACAGCUCGAAUGCGCGGUUCACAUACAGCAUUAAUUCGAGUCCACCACCACGAGCGCGUGCGGAGCGACUGAUGCAUACCAUGCCGCACCAAAAGGAUUUGACAUUUGACAAGUACAUCGAGCUGGGCUCACGAAAUUUGAUGCGCACGCACAAUGUCAAGCCGCUGUUACGAAGUAUGCACUAUGGCGGAGAAGCCAUCGUUGCAUUUCUUAAGAGGUUACCCAUUACGAUGCAUCCUUUGCACGAUGCGAGCAAGUUUGUCGUGGACGCAUGGCUGCUGCCGAACGUCGAUGUCAAGGCUCAGACGAGUGCAACAGAGCGACCAGAUGCGCUUCUUUUUAUCAAUGUGCAUGGCGAGUUUUGCGAGGCACCCUCUCAAGGCAUCCGAUCCUUUGACCGUGUCUUCGUAGUGGCGCCCGCGCCUCCCGCGUCACCAGCACAGCAGCUAGGCUGGCCGUGUGUCAUUGUGAGUGAUAUGCUGACCCUACGGCACUAUUCACGCGAAUCAGCGUUCCAGCCAAAUGCCUUGCCGAUGGGCCCCUCCGCAGCGCCGGGUCUGACACCCGAGCAGCAUGCCAUGUCGUUGGAGCUCUCGGCGCAGACCAAGCUGACGUACCCAUAUGCCGUGCAGUGCCUCGGGGAGAAUGGUUGGGACAUGACGCGUGCUGUCAACGUGUUUGCCUCGCUGCAGGCGGCCGGCUCGAUUCCAUCCGAGGCCUUUGCCACAUAG